GUGGCUGGACAGUCUCAUUUCCAUUGCCCCUAGAGAUCAUGCGCAUGCUGUCGGCGGCGCUUCUGGCCGGCAUCAUUCCAUUGAGGGAAGCGAAAGUGUCUAAUUUGAUUUGAUCAUAUCAGUCAUGUCUCGUUAGCCUUUCUUUUGUUUACUACCUACGACUACCUACGCACUGGAAAGGAGGCACUUGCGUCGUCUGGGGCAGACCAGACCACUACGAAACACACCAAAGAACGGGUCGAACGGUGAGCGAGGCAAGGAGGGCGCCGCCUCUUUUCCACUUAGCGAAUGAGACUCUGGAGAUGCCACGGGUGAAAACAAGCGGCUGUUGUCACAAAGCGCACUAACUAUCACGGGUAUCACGAUUUGCAGGUCACAGCACAAUUGCAUACAGUUACGGAGUAAUUGCGCAUCUAUCCGAUGGGUCCACGUAUUCAAGUGUCGAUUCACCGCAUUCAUAAUGACUGCCACGACAUCCGACACCUCAGUUGUUCACCACUCAGACAGAUAGAUAGAUACCAACAAGGCACCCACCACUGCACUCACUCACUGGACGGUACGAUAUGCAAAUGCAAGCCAGUAUGCAGGCGUACGAGCCGUCACCGACAGAAACAAAAUCACUCGACACACUGAGAUGACUGCAUGUUUCUUCUCGUGGCAACUCAUCACUUGCUUUUUCCGUCCCCGGCGCUUCAAACAAUCUCUUCUCACUAAUCGCCACUGGAUCACGGCAUUCGUUCUUGUCACUUGCCCGAGAAUAGAACAUGGACGGCUUCAUUGACCUGAAGUAAAUGAGCUCCCCAUCAACAACCCGAGAGCUAGAAGGUGAUCAGCGAUUACCCUACCGUCCUUCUAUGCCUUAAGCCCUUUUUCGGUCUAGUCUACCGCUAGAACCAGUGUUCCUGUUUUCCGUUUACACAUCUCAUCAAUAAGUCUGGCAUAAUCUGCUGACGCGGCCGGCGAUCUGGUGUUUCUGGCGGGUUCAAUUUUUUGGACAGUGGACCAGAUCACAGACUCUAUGUACGAGGCCUGCCAGGUCUAGCAGGUACAACGCCCUGGUUGGCUAUGUCGGAAUUAGGACGACUGGGAGGUGAGAUGGCCCAAUCAAGUAGCCUUGGUACCUGGCAGGGAUGAAAGCCCUUACAAGUUACCCCUGGGUCUUUGGUGGAAGCUGAGGUUGAACUUGGACUGAAAGGGUGUGGUGGGCCUGGUCCAUGACCUUGGCAUCAAGUGCUAGCGUGCAUUAGCCCUGGUGUUGAUACCGGUGCAAGCGUUGCUGGUAGCUCGCCCACAUCCCAGUACUGCGCACACAUGCGUUCUGGCCGAAGGAGACGGAGGGGGAUGUGGGAAUUGCAGCAAGGGUCUUGUCCAGCAACCUAGGGAAGCGGUCCUGAACUUGCAGGGGCGUGCGUGCCGGCUUCUGAAUGAGAACGGAAGAAGAGAGAUGAGAGACAUGGCGUCCACACACACACCAGGUUGAAAGGGGACUCAAAGACACACACCCCUUGCUCACCUUAUAACCCUCAAUUCCUCCCUCUUCUGUCUCUCCUCUGACUCUUCACUCCUCAGUCUUUUUGGAUCACGGCCUUUGCCUUCUGUCACUCCUUCACAGCACUACGCUGAUAACACUCUCUUGAACCAACUUACCUUACAAUCCUUAUAAAGGCAAAAGGAAGUAUUCCGGAAAUACAACCGAUUACCAAAAGCCGUCACUCUUCCAACACAACACAACACAACAUAUACACAAAUCACUCAAAAUGAAGGUCUCUUCUUCCGUUGUCAUUCUGGCCGCCGCCCUCGGCGUCUCUGCCCACCCCAGCGGCCACGCUCACCAGCGUGCUCACGCCAAGCGCGACUUCGUCGUUGCCAACAAGCCCGUCACAGUUAUUGAGUACGCUACUCAGGUCGUCACCGCUGAUGCUGCCCCUGCUACCGCUGUCGCUGAGGCUCCCGCCUCUCCCAAGGUCGAUGCCGACACCGUUGUUCCCAAGGCUUCCACCAGCGUUCCCGCCCCUGCUGCCUCCGCUCCUGCUAAGAACAAGGGCAAGAAGCACAACUCCGGCUCCGGUUCCGGUUACAAGGCUUUCUGCGGUGGCAAGAAGGCCAAGCGCGCCACUCUCGAGGACAUUGCUUCCACUGGCAACACUGGUGUUCCCGGUGACUUUGGCUGCAACAUGAUGACUGUCGAUGAGGAUGUCGCCGACAAGUACGACUACACCGUCACCUUCAACAACGAUCACGAUGGCGACAAGGAGUGUGCUUGCUGGAACAAGAUCGGACCUGAUGGCAAGAUCGACGGUUUCUUCGCCCAGAACGUUGCUUUGGAGUUCACUGUUUCCGCCUCCAGCUCACAGGUUGUUGCUUUCGACAGCGACUCCCAGGGUGGCUGCGCUUGUGCCACCUCCAAGGUCCCCACCACAAAAGACAACCUCUGGGCCGGUACUUGGCUCGAGUUCGACUUUGGCAGCAAGCGAAACAAGAACUGGUCUGGCGCUGACGCCUCUUGCCUUGUCUCUGCCGCCGCCAAGCUUGACAUCCCCGGCCUCCGAGUCUGCGACACCUCCUCCAACACUUGCUCUACCAUCAACCCCGGAGGUACUGGCGAGAACGCCUACCUCGGUGGCAUGGAGGCUGAGGACGGUAUUGGUAUCAACACUCCUGCCGAGCAGGUCCGCCUCACCGUCGACAUUGACUACUCCGGUUAAGCUAUGUCAAUCAUAGCUUGUGGUUUAGUUCAUAUGAGAGCUGGGCCUCUGCGUAAAACUUGAUUUUAUAGAAUUGGGCUUAUUCUAUGUAUACCUGGUGUUUACGGUGCUCGGAAUUUAGCCAUCCAGGGCGAUCCUGGAUCUUGGCUUUGGGAUCUAUAUAUUAUACCUUCUAACAUAUAUAUUCAUAGUGUUAUGACAUAUAUUCAUUUCUCCUG